GACUAGAAAUAAGCGCGGAGCCAAAAAUGUAAGUGAAUUAAUAAAACACGAUGCAAACGAAGAAAAAUCACCUUGUAAUUUAAAAUUCUAGCACGUCAAACUGGAUUCAUUAGUUCGACACAAUCCCAGUUUGGACACAACCUGAUGCUUCAUCGGUGAUCUGAACGUGGGGCUGAUGCUCCACCUGCAGGUGGACUGCUCUCACGUCACUUGAACAACUGGGACACGCGCCAUCACGUCCACACCUGCCAUCAUUUUGUCUGGGCACAAACAGCUGUGCAGAGCUAAAGUCCAUCUACCGGCGCAAUCAACAUGCUGUGCAGAAUAUCUCAUUCACUGUGACUCUGGGUCGUGUCAAGCCAAGACUUAAUUGCUGACAACAAACCAACAGCGGAUAUUUCCGGGUUGGUUCUGACGCUCAGCCCUUUGGAGCCUCUUCUGCAAAGUCAGUUGUUUAAAGGCAGUGAACAGUGUGCACCACUAAGUGGCACUGAUGUUUAACACGAAGAAUUAGGCAACACUGCAAAAAAAAAAGAAACUAUUAAAACCACCAAUGCACGAGAAGAAGCAAUAAUAUGAUGAACGAAGCAGAAAGUUGCUCAGAUGCUGUUUGGGAGAUUUUAGCAGCAUUCGUAAAAAUGACUGAGCACUGGGACCAGUGACAGCCCAGUCCCACCAGCGUCACUCCCCCUCCAACGGCGCACAGCUGCUGCUGAGGACGUGGGCUAUCGAUCCGGAGGGGAGCGUCUCCGCGGCGCGGCUCGCUGUGCCACAGAGCUGUCGGGCACGCGGCGGCAGGAAGCAGCUCUCCGGCGCCUCACGAUGCCCGUUGCCACGCUCGGAGCCGCGUCCCAGCGCCGGUGUGGGCAGGUCCUGCUCAGCGUGGAAGUGGGCAUGCUGGCGGUGCUGGUCCUCGUGUCCGGCAGUGCAGGACAGACGCACGACAGGAGGGAGGCAGGCUCGUCCUGUUAUGGAGGAUUUGACCUCUACUUUGUUUUGGACAAGUCCGGCAGCGUGCAGCAUCACUGGAACGAGAUCUUCUACUUCGUCGACCACCUGGCUCACAAGUUCCUCAGUCCGCAGCUGCGCAUGUCCUUUAUUGUGUUUUCAACCGAAGGCAGGACCCUCAUGGCGCUAACGGAAGACAGGGAGCAGAUUCGCGCCGGGCUGGAGGAGCUCCGCAUGGUGCAGCCAGGUGGAGACACCUUCAUGGACAGAGGCUUCCAGAGAGCCAGCGAGCAAAUAUACUACGCGACUGGCGAUGGGUACCGGACGGCCAGCGUCAUCAUCGCCCUGACGGACGGCGAGCUGCGGGAAAACCAGUUCGACCUGGCAGAAAGAGAGGCCAGCAGGGCGCGUCAGCUGGGCGCCACCGUGUACUGCGUGGGCGUGAAGGACUUCAAUGAGACCCAGCUCGCAACCAUCGCUGACGGCCAGGACCACGUGUUCCCCGUGAACGACGGCUUCCAGGCGCUGCAGGGCAUCAUCGGCUCGAUCCUGAAGAGGUCCUGCAUCGAGAUCCUGGCCGUGGAGCCGUCCAGCAUCUGUGGAGGAGAAUCCUUCCAGGUGGUGGUGAGAGGCAACGGCUUCCUCCACGCGCGCGACGUGCAGAAGGUUCUGUGCAGCUUCCGCAUCAAUGACACGGUCACAGUGAUGAAAAGGCCCCUGGUGGUGAGAGACACCUACCUGCUGUGUCCAGCUCCCGUUCUGGAAAAACAGGGAACGUCGGCCACGCUCUACGUCAGCAUGAACGGCGGCCUGAGUUUCAUCUCCAGCUCGGUCACGAUAACGACGGUCGCGUGUUCCGACGGGACCUUCGUGGCCGUGGCGCUGCUCAUCCUGCUGCUGCUGCUCACCGUCGCUCUGCUGUGGUGGUUCUGGCCCCUCUGCUGCACAGUGGUCAUUCACGAACCACCUCCACCAGUUAUAGAGGACAGCUCAGAUGAUGAGGAUGGUUUUCCGAAGAAAAGGUGGCCCACGGUCGACGCCUCCUACUACGGAGGCCGCGGAGUUGGAGGCAUCAAGAGAAUGGAGGUCCGUUGGGGAGAUAAAGGCUCCACUGAAGAAGGAGCCAAACUGGAAAAAGCCAAGAACGCUCGGGUUGUGAUGCCCGAGCAGGAGUUCGACCUGCCUCCGCCGAGGUCCUACUACACCCUGCACAAAUCCAGCCGACCCCAGAAGUGGUACUCCCCCAUUAAGGGCAAACUGGACGCGCUGUGCGUGCUGCUGAGGAGAGGCUACGACAGAGUGUCCGUGAUGCGGCCUCAUCCCGGAGACAAGGGCCGCUGCAUGAGCUUCGCGCGGAGCGACGCCUGCCCCGCCCCCCGCUACCCCGUCUACAAGCGCCCCCCCACGCCCAUCUACGCGCUGCCCCACAGGCCCCCGCGGCGCCCCUCGGAGGACAGCCGGCUGCUCCAUCUGCCCCCCUCGCCCACCUCCACCCUUCCGCCUCUGCCACCGGUGUACAGCCCACCUCCCACCAGGGCCCUGCCCCCCCCCACCGGCUCCACCACCGGCGCCAUCGGCUCCACCACCGCUCCUCCGUCUCCAACGGGCUCUCUGCCGACCCCCCCUCCCGGUCCAGCGCCCUGUAGGGCCCCCCCGCCCUCACGGCCCCCUCCUCGUCCCGAUCACGAAAACCCCUGCUGAUGGCGAAGCUGCGGGGGGAUCUGAGCUCAGGGGGGACCUCAAACCUCCCCCCAGCGCCUCCGGUGAAGGCUCAGCAGACUCAGUGAGUGUUGCCGUAUGAGUCUGCUGCCGGCGACUGGACAUCUGCACAGUGAUGCCUGAGCGGCUCACUCACAACGUUCCAUAAACCAGGACUCUUUUUUUCCAAGUCUAGAAAGUGAAUCUUUAGUGUAGCAGGCACAGCUUUGGCUUUUAAACGCUAGCUAAAUUCCUCGUGCACAAACGUUUCUUUCCUCCUGCAACAACCUGGCCGACGCGCUUCACCUCACAGCUGCGUUCAUUCAGUUUAUACCAGCACCACGAGAUUUCCCUGCAGAACAUCAGCUGCAGCAUGUGUUUUAUACAUGCACGUCUGUCUGGCAAACACUCUGAGUGUAAGUUUAUGAAUCAAUAGUCAUUAAAUGCAUAGACUGUA